AUGGUUUCGGUUGCAGCAGUAACAGAGGCGAUGUUUUACACACACGUUGAUCAUCAUAUGCAUGUCCCAAAAGUCGACAAUAUCGAAUUUGUUAUCGAGAGCAUGCCAUCACCAAGAACAACCUCAACGACGACGUUCUAUCCAAGCAUUCGGUCUGGAAGCCACACAGACAUCGGACCACGAAGAUGCAACGAGGAUGCACACAUCCACAUCGACGAUCUAUCUAAGCUUUUUGGAGAAGUUUACAAGUGGGCUCUCCCAAGCUCCUUUUAUGCUAUUUUUGAUGGUCACGGAGGGUCCGAGGCAUCAUCUUAUGUUAAACAACAUGCCAUGAGUUUAUUCUUUCAAGACGCGGAUCUACAACACAUAACAAGAAUGACAGAAGCCGAUUUUCAAGAUGAGAUGUUUGUAAAACGAGUGGAGCGUUCACACUGCAAAGCGUUUUUAAGGGCUGACCAAGCAUUGGCUGAUAAUGAAUGUAUUGACGAGUAUUGUGGAACCACGGCUUUAACUGUUUUAAUUCUCGGGAGACGUUUGAUAUUAGCCAACGCUGGUGACUGUCGUGCGGUCUUAUGUAAAAAAGGAGUCGCGGUUCAAAUGUCUCAAGACCAUAGGCCAUCUUGUUUACAAGAAAAGAAAAGAGUGGAAGAACUAGGAGGUUUCUUUGAAGACGGGUACUUAAAUGGCGAACUAGCCGUAACUCGUGCCCUUGGAGACUGGCACAUGAAGAAAUCGUCACCAAAUUCAUCUCCUCUCAUUGCAGAACCGGAAGUGAAACAAAUGAUGUUGAGUGAAGAUGAUGAGUUUAUGAUCAUUGGAUGUGAUGGUAUUUGGGAUGUAAUGUCGAAUCAAGAAGCUGUGGCCCUUGUUCAACGCCAACUAAGGCAGCAUAACGACCCUCAACGCAGUGCUAAAGAGCUCAUCGAUCAUGCCUUACGCCUUCAUACAAGCGACAACCUCACUGCUAUUGUCGUUUGUUUCUCUUCCUACAAUAUUGCUACUACUACUUCAUCAGAACCUACGCCGCCUCAGCGUCAACCUUGGCGUCCAAAAUUUAGAUUCAAUAAUUAG